AUGGCAGCAACACAUCCACUCUACAAUGAGUACCAAACCAGCUACUACAACUCUUGCUACAACUAUUCACCAUUUGGACAAGAGCAGUUCAUUGCAAACCAAUGUCAAUCAGCUCUACAGUAUACGGAUAGUGAUUCGAGUAUGUCUCAGACACAACAACUACAAACACCGCAGUACGCACCGCCACAACAGCAGGAUAAUCAAUUCGCGCCAACAACAUCUUCCGCGGCAGUAGGAUAUGCUUUACCGGGACAAUACUAUCCUGAUGGGCAAUUUACCUCAAACCAGUUCAACGGCAGACAUCAGCAAGUAGAUCAGUGCGGAGCUCAGUAUGAUAGCUACUAUGGCUAUCCAUAUCAAUCUUUAGCACAUCAUAAUGCGUAUGGAACACAAGAGCACACAGGCGAGUACUGGUUUAGAGCAAAUGGGACCGAGUGUUCUAGCGAAGGAACAGUGAGUAGCGGAAAGAUUGGUGAAGUUGCAAAAGAGCCAGCUACAAAACGAAAGUAUUCUGAUGAAGAUACAAAAAACACGGAAAAAUUGGCUACCGCCGAGGCAAGCAUCGCAACGGACUCUCCAGCCCUUCGAGCACUUCUUACUAAUCCGGCUAAAAAGCUGAAGUACAAUCCCCAUUACGCUAACGGCGUAAGGAAGGAAACCGUGCGUCGGACAGCAAUGACGAUAGGCUGCAAUAGUGGUAUUCUCUCUCCUGCUGCCAGUGACCGCAUUGUUCCUGACAUUGUGCCAUUGUCGCCGAACAAGACCGAUGAUAGUAUCGAUAGUCUGCUGGACAACACCUCUAAGCACGGUGUUGAUACGACACAGGGCGAAAACUACACAAUACACAAUGUCGGGCAACCGUCCACACCGAACUAUGAUGGUGUAAGCACUCCGCCUCUUUCACCAAAGGAUAUGGAAAGUGCAAUCUCAUCACACGGGCUAGCAGGACACUCUUGGAACCAAAAUGGUGAUUCUGAAGAUCAUCCCAAAGAGCCUUCCAAGCGCACUAGGCAAUCGUACUCCCGUAAUCAAACGCUUGAAUUGGAAAAAGAGUUCCAUUUCAACCGGUAUUUGAAUCGAAGACGUCGUAUAGAGAUCGCCAAUACGCUCAAGUUGACCGAAAGACAGAUCAAGAUUUGGUUCCAGAAUCGACGCAUGAAAGCCAAGAAGGAUCAUUCAUCAUCGACCAAUACGCCGGAUCUAGCAUUGGAUGGUGAACUGUUACAGCCGUCGACCAAGGGAUCGGCCGUACUAGAACAAUCACAACUUCCGAUCGGUAACGAUAUGCGACCAGUGUCGUUAAUUACGCCUCCAAGCUCUUUUCAUCAGGUAGGAAAUCUUCAGCCUGAUCAACUUCCGAUCAGCCAAUGGCCCUACCACCAUUCGCACCACCCGCAGAACCAUUAUUAUUACUCGCAACAGUUCUCGGACCACUCGCAAAAUGGUUUUCAGAAUCUAGAUUCCAUUUCCAAUGGAGCAUCUUACAAUCAUCGACCGUAUCAAUCGAACGCUAGUUAUAUUGCUUCGAGUUUUGUAUAA